AUGCCUUCCAUCAAGCCAGCUCUCCCUCCCCUCAAAACGCCUAGCAACAUUGUGUUCCCAUCCGAACUGCGCACCGACUCGAGCACUGAGUCGGCGAGGAAUGAGGACAGCGCUUCGACUCCCAUCACUCCUCCAGCUGCCUACACAGAAUUUUUAAAGGCGCUGUCUCCUAUCUUUUCCAACCCAGAGAGCGCCGACAACGUGGAUUACUCAAAGUACAGAUUCAACCAACAUCAACGCAAUGCCAACAUCCCACGGUCACAGCCCUCCAGCGCAGUCAGUGGGACCUUCAACUUCAAUGAGUCCGCGCGGUCAGCAACACUUCCUCCACCGACUCCUCACGGUCCAACCCAUGCUCGGCGGGAAUUCAGUAACCUGCGCCGGUUGCGUAUCCCCCCGGCGCUUAGGCAUUCACCAAGUUCAGCGGAGCCUUUGAGGAGCGCUGGGCCUCGAAGUGCUGGUCCUAGGAGCGCAACCGUUGCUCGCUCUCCUUACUCUGCCUAUUCUCCAUACUCACCAUAUUCGCCCUAUUCAUAUUCUCCCGCAGACUGGAGAAUGCGCUACCUUGAUGCUCCUCGGACCGCAAAUCCUCGAACUUCCAACCACAAGGUGAGCGUGCGACAUGUCGUUACGCAUACAGUCACCUACACUACAACGGAACUGGAUGCGCCACCAAAAGGAAAGCGAAGAAAGCACGGUCACGAGGGCCAUGAAAGUGAUGAAUCUGACUAA